CGGCGGAAGUUUAGAAGGCAGCAACAUUAGCAUUAGCUUUGUGUGCUAUCUGAGAUGAAUAUUUGAAAGUUUUUUGGUUUUUCUUUGCGUGAUGGCCACCAUCUUAUUGCGCCGCUAAAACGUUCGGGCCCAACUGGGCCGUGUCAGAACCGGAUGUUAAGAAAAGAAGCGCAGAGUGGUGACAUGUCUGUUUCCUCCUGUACAGAGCCUCCACAGCAACAUGUUUCUAAGGAGGAGGUUCUGAUGGACCAGGAGGAGCCAGAACCUCCUGAAGUCAAAGACAUUCAGGUUGAAUUCUGGACCAGGCAGGAGGUUGAGCAUUUUUUACUGAAGGAGGAGACUGAUUCCUUUCUGAUGCCUGGGAACACAUGUGAAGAAACAUCUGGAGUUUGUGACAAAAGCAGGGUCCAGUUCCAGGAGGUGCUGGAUGGUCAACAUGGAUCGGUUCAGAAGAACUUCCAUACAGCAGAACUGGAGCAAGAUGUUCUGAUGGACCAUCAGCUCUGUAACCAGGAGAAGAACUGCAGAAUGGACCAGGAGGAAUUAGAUUCUCCACAGAUUAAAGAAGAACCAGAUCCUUUAGAGAUUAAGGGAGAACCAGAACCUCCACGGGUUAAAGAAGAACAGGAAGAGCUCCGUGUCAGUCAGGAUGAAGAGCCGUCUGUUUUAGAAGAGACUGAAACCUUUAUGGCAACUCCUACCUUCGAGGAAAGUGACCAGAGUGAACCAGAACCAAACGAGGACCAGCACCACUCUCACGUGUCUGCUGUAAAAGAGAUCCAGGAUGAAGGAAGCAACAAGGCAGAACCAGGUCCAAAUCAGAAUUUAAUCAAACAUGACAUUUGUCAGAACAAGUCCUCAUUGAAGAAUCAUGGCAGACUUCAUGCUGGUGAGGAACCGGACCUCAGAACCACAGGUGGACACGCAGAGGAGAGGAAACCGUACUCUUGUGACAGCUGUGGCAAAAGUUUUUCUCACUUAUCAUCAUUGAACCGUCAUAGAAACAUUCACACACCGGACAAAGCUUAUUCCUGCAAAUUAUGUGAUAAAACGUUCAAAAAGAACAGCCUCUUGUUGUCCCACAUUAGAACUCACAACAACAAACGUCUGUAUUCAUGCGAAGAAUGCGGUAAACGUUUUGAAUACCUUAGCGUUUUGGCUCGCCACAUGAGAAGUCACACAGGUGAGAAACCGUACUCGUGCAAAGCGUGCGGGAAGACGUUCAGCCUCGAGGGCAACCUGUUGCGACACAUGAGAACGCGCACAGGUGAGAAACAGUAUUCUUGCAAAGAAUGUGGGAAGAGUUUCAGUCAGAUUAGUAAUUUGUCGUCACACAUGAUGAUUCACACAGGUGAGAAACCGUUCGCUUGCGAUGAGUGUGGGAAGAGUUUUAAUCAAAAGAGUAACUUUUUGACCCACAUGAGAACUCACACAGGUGAGAAACCAUAUUCCUGCAAAGAUUGUGACAAAUGUUUUAGACAGAAAAAUGACUUGUUGACUCAUAUGAGGACUCACACUUGAAGCUGCGUUCACUCUGUAGACCUUAAUGUAUCGGGGCCCGAGAUGGAGUAGAGGUAAGGCAGCCGACUUGGGACCAGAAAGUUGCAGGUUCAACUCCCUGCCAUGCCCACCCAAUCCCCAACUGCCCCCUGGGCCCCCACAUGGUCAUCCACCGCCCCACAUGGGUGCACCCCACGCACGAUGGGUCAAAUGCAGAGCACCAACCUCAUCACUGAAUAGAAACAGACAGUGAUGACACCACACAGCGCUUUAAUGCUCAUUCCAAUGUUUUGCACAGAUUCAAUGUUUUUAUGUGUGGUCGUUCUCAUUCGUAUUAAAAUGGUCCUCCAUCAGACUCCAGCAUGAACCAGUUGCAGUUCUGAGGUGACCCACAUGUGCAGAAGAACACGUGACAUCACACGCAGCACACUGAGGUAA